ACCUGUUGACAGAACUCCAAAGCCAGAAGCUCCCAUCGAGCCUCAGAGAAGUGAGUACGAGAUCCAGGAGGAAGGACCAGUCCAACUUAUCUCUUACGCCUCAGACACGGAAUAUGGUUCUCUUCGCCUCGUCAAGCAGGAGAAGAAGAGACCUGAACCCAAACCUCAGCCAACUUUUAGACCUGAACCCAAACCUCAGCCAACUUUUGAGCCAGUCAAAGCCACAUUCAAGGUUCCUGAGGUGGACUACAGACCUGUGGCGCCACCAACACCAAUACCAUCUGUUCAGAAAGUUGAGAUGCAGAUUGCACCACAGGCACCGCCAAGUCAAAAUCUGGGAUCAAGAGAGUGCUGUACGUGAGUACAUCCGUCGUGAAGGACAGGAGCCAGAAGCUGGUGACAUCUUCGACAAGACGAAGCAACGGCCACCCAAGUUCAAGACACAGAUCAAGGACCUGAAGACUCUCAAGGAAAAUGAUUCCGCUCACUUUGAAUGCAAGCUCAUCCCUAUGGGUGAUCCUAACAUGAAGGUCGAGUGGUUCAAGGAUGGAGAGCCUCUUCAUCAUGGCCACCGCUUCAAGCCAAUGUAUGACUUUGGUUUUGUAUCCCUGGACAUCCUGUAUGUGUUUGCUGAAGACUCUGGCACAUACACCUGCAAGGCCACUAACAACUAUGGCGAAGCUACAACCACUGCCGAAAUCAAGUGCAGAGCCCGCAAAUCUAUCAUCAUGGACACUCAACUGCCAGGAGAGGGCGCCACUCGUCUCUUUGAGAUGGAAGAACAUUGGAGAAGUGGUAUGAUGUUGGAGGAGAGGGUCAUUGAAGAACCUCAGGUCAAAUGCCCUCCAAGCUUCGACCUCAAGCCAGAGCCAGUGGAAACUGGUGAAGGUGAACCUGCCAAGUUCCUGGUCAAGGUCAGCGGUUUCCCACGACCCCGCGUGUCAUGGUGGGUCAAUGGGUCGCUAAUUGUCGGGGGUACAAGGUUCAAGGUAACAUAUGAUGGCAUGAUGCAUUACCUGGAGAUUCCACGUUGUCGCGAGUACGAUGCAGGACAGAUCCGUGUGGUCACCAAGAAUCCUGAAGGUGAAGCCGAGACCAGCACAUCGCUGACGGUUCUACCCAAGGAGGACUGGAGAGCCAAGCUGAAGCAGGCACCCAAAGGAGAGCUUGAGAUUGAACUUGAGCGUAGAAAGAAAAUUGAACUCCGUAGCGUGGAACUUGAAACAGCCUUCAAGAAGCCAAAAGCAACUGAAUUUGAACUUCGCCAACUUGAAAGAGCCUCAGAGUCAAAGAUCAAGAUUCGCCGUGAUGACGAGGUCGUCCUUGCAGAACAGCAGUACAUCAGUGUGCACACACACCUCCAGCCAACCAACAAGGAUCUCAUUGCUGAGCAUGCUCAGAUGUUUGCUGUUCCUCCUCAGCCAAUGAUAAAGCCUGAUGAGACCCACGUCGCCCGGAAGCAGGUGACCUUGGCCCAAGGGGAACCACCUGUAUUCUCUAAGCCACUGCGUCCAGUCCGCGUCACAGAAGGAGCCUCUGUCAAACUUGAGGUUCAGUUCAAGGGAAGUCCGCCACCUGUCAUUACCUGGUACAGAGACAACUUUGAGGUGCAGAGGUCCAGAGACUUCCAGAUCACCACAACAAACAGCAGCAGUACUCUUCAGAUUCCAGAGGUGUUCAACGAAGAUGGCGGCAUGUACACUGUCAAGGCCUAUAACAAGUUCGGCAUGGUCCAGUGCAAAGCCAAGAUGACCGUUGUUGAGCCCGAAGAGCCAGAGAGAGUAGCCUCCCCUGAGUUCACGAGUUUGUUGCGAGACAGCGUGACCACCCAGGGAGAACCAGCUACCUUCGACUGCCAGGUGUCCGCCUAUCCCAGGCCACAGGUGUCCUGGACAAAGGAUGGGAAGCCACUGUAUGAGAGCAAACGGUGGAAGUUCAUCGCCGAAGACUACAACCACACUCUGGUUAUCUAUGAAGUCCAACCUGAGGAUGCUGGAGUCUAUGCCUGUGUUGUCAUCAACACUGUUGGCAAGGCAACCUGCACCGCAAGACUCACAGUUGAAUUGCCAAUCCACCCACCAGAGGAGCUGAAGCCAGAGGAGCCUGCCGUGGCCCCUGUUGUGCAGCAACAGCCCCAGCCAAAGGAAGUAGACGAGGGAGAACCUGUCACAUUCACAUGCAGGAUCACUGGACAUCCUCCUCCUGUUGUGUCUUGGUACCGCAACACCCACCUAGUGAAGCAGUCCAAGUACUUCAAGAUGGAGAGCGCCCCAGACGGCCUUCACACCCUCAGCAUCAUGGAGGCCUUCCCCGAGGACAGCGGCACCUACAAGUGUGUCGCUCGCAACCCUGGAGGAGAAGUCUCCAGCGUCACAUACCUCAAAGUUCACGGAAUCGAGAGUGAGCCUGAACCGACUCAGCCUCAGGCCAUGCCUCCAAGCUUCAUCAAGCCUAUUUCCAACACACUGGUUGUGUCCGGCAGCCCAGCUCGCUUCGAGGCUGUCUUCUCAGGACACCCCACACCCACAGUCACCUGGAUCAGGAACGGCAUCCAAACCAUCCACGAAACUCGGGAGACAACUAUCGAAGUUACCGAGAGCAUGACAACUCUCACUAUCCGACAAGCCUUCCCAGAAGACAGUGGUCUGAUCACAUGUCGCGCCAAGAACCCGGCCGGUAUCUCGGAAUGCUCCGCUGAGCUCUACAUUCAAGAAGAGGAAGAGGCUCGGCAGAUGGAGAAGCAACUGCACGUCGUGGUGUCACGGAGAGCGCCACCUGGUUUCACAAAACCACUGAAACCCUACGUGGAAGUGCGGCCAGGAGAAACUACAAGACUCGAGGCAGAGGUUGGAGACAUCCCAGUCCUCAGGAGUUCCUGGUAUGUGAAUGGCAUCGAGAUUCACCCCACCGAGAGAACCAAAGUUGUAAAGGAAGGCAAGACAUUGGUCCUGAUCAUCAUCAGUGUCAGGCCAGAGGAUGCCGGAGAGUACACCCUGAAGGUGGAGAACGAGCUCGGCGAGACCACCUGCAAGACAACGCUCGUCAUGAAGGGUACCGAGAAGACAGUGGAACUGCCCCACACCGAGGUGACCACAGAGAGCAUGACAGUCACCAAGACUGUGACCACCAUUGAGAGAGAGGAACAGGUUAUUCUUCAGAAGGUCAAGCCAGUGGUCGUGACACCACUGGAACCAGAGAUCUAUGUCAGGGAGAGAGGCAUUGCCAGGCUGGAAUGCACAGUGAAUGCCAUUCCACCUCCGCUUGUUACAUGGUUUGUGAACGGCAUGGAGAUCAAGCCCUCACCCCACUAUGAGAUCCGCUAUGAAGACGGCAAGAGCUCACUUCUCAUCAUUGAGGUUGGACCUGAAGACACAGGAGAAUACACUUGUAAAGCAGUGUCUGAGAUGGGAGAGGCCAUCAGUUCUACAACGCUCUAUGUACAAGAACCAGCUACAGAGGAGCUAGCCCCAGCUGCCCCUGAGUCAGUUGCCACCAUCGAGGUCUCCCCAACUGCUCCCAUGACUCCACCACAAUUUGUUGAAGUCCUUGGCUCUGUUGAAGCCAAUGAUGGUCAAGAAAUCAAGAUGGUAUGCAAAGUCACUGGAUCUCCCAUGCCACAGAUCUCCUGGUUCCACGACAGCAAGAACAUCGAUGAGGAUGAAGAGUUUGUCAUCUCCUACAAUCCAGACACUGGUGAGAUCAGCCUCAUCAUUGUGGAAGUGUUCCCAGAGGACCAAGGACAGUACAUCUGUAUUGCCCAGAAUCCUGUAGGAAGAGCCACUACAUCAGGCUACCUCAGUGUGGUAGAGACAGCUGUAGUGGAGGAAGAGGAGGUCACAGAAGAGGUCUUUGAGGUCGAGUACACUGAUGCUGCUCCAUGUGAGGAACCUAUGGAUGUUGAGAAACCUGUUGAAAUUACCCAGGUGUCUGAAGAGCAGGUUGUUCCUCAAAUUAUUGAUAGACCAAAGGUGAAGCCUCUGGUUGAAGAAGAAACAAUAGAAUCACCUAUUCCUGACAGUAUUUGCUCUGAUGUCACAUCAGAAUUGUAUGAAACAUGCCCUGAGUCUCCUAUUUGUGAUGAGGUUUUGGAAGAAAUCACUGAGCCUAAGGUUGUGUCUAAAAAGAUUGACAGACCUAAGGUUGUUCCUCUUGAACCGGAAAGAGUGCCCGAAUCUCCUCUCCGUGAGAUUAUCAUUCCUGAUGAACCUAUGGAGGAGGAGCUCGAGACACCAACUGGGGAGGAGGUAACUGAAGAGGUACUGACAUCCCAGGUGGUCACUAGAGAGGUGAAGAUCCCAGAAAUCACAGAAAAGAUCACAGAGGUUGCACUGCCAGUAGAAGAAGAACCAAUUGAAGGAACAGAAAUUGAAUCCCAAGAGGUUACCUUUGUUAUCUCUGCUGAGCCUCAGGAAAUCAUGGAAACAGUACCAUCUGAGGAAGCUGAAAUACCAGAGGCUGAAGUGAAGGAACCACCAGAAGAGAUUGCUCCAAUUGAAGAGGAGAGUGUUGAGUUCCAAUUUCAGAUUACUGAUGAGAUUCCUCAACAAAUCAUCACUCCUGAAACAGCAGAUGAAAUUCCACCAGAGUUUGUGGAGAUGCUGCAACCUCAGAUUGUCGAGGAUGGCGGGGCCGUGUUGAUGUCCUGUCGUCUUGUCGGAAGCCCUGCACCAACAAUCACCUGGUACAAGAGCACCAUUCAGAUUGAACCCAGCCCAGACUUUAAACUCACCUAUGAGCCUGAGACUGGAAUCUGUACCUUGGAGCUAGCAGAAGUCUUCCCUGAAGAUGCAGGGGAAUACGUGUGCAAGGCUGUCAAUCCCUUUGGUGAGGCCACAACAUCAGGAACUCUUCUUGUUCGAACUAUGGAAGAGACUGAGACAACAACGACGACAACAACAUCGGAGACAGUAACAACAGUCACCCUUGAUGCUGAAAUGCCCGAGGUGAAGCUUGUGGAUGAGAAGCACUCAACUACCCUGGAGAUCUCACCAACCUUCACGAAGCCUCUUCUGCCAGCCAUUGAAGCUGAUGAAGGAGGAACUGUUCAACUUGAGGUUGAACAUGAGAGCAUGCCCACAUCUAAGGUAACAUGGUUUGUGAAUGAGCUGGAGAUCUUCCCAUCUGACCACAUGAAGAUCAUUGAGGAUGAGAGGACAAGUGUGCUGGUCAUUGUGGACCUGACCCCUGAAGACUCUGGAGAGUAUGUGUGCCAGGCUGAGAACCCCAUCGGUGUCACUCGAUGCAAGACCACUCUCACUGUCAGACCUGUCCAAAAGGAUGAGAUCGAGAUACAGAGAGAGCAGGCUCCCACUGAGGAAGAACUUCCUCGCACUGAGGAGAAACCAGAGGAAGCAAAACCUGAACCCAAAGAAGAACCGACACCAACUCAGCCAGAUCAGGCUCCAGAAGAGGGUAUCACACCAAUUGCUCCAGAGUUCACAGAGCUUCUUCAGAACAAGAAGGUUCGUGAUGGAGAACGUGUGGUCCUCAAAGUAAGGUUCAUUGGCGCACCUUCUCCCAAGAUUACCUGGUACCAAAAGGGCCAAGAACUUCAACCAAGCACAGACUUUAAGAUAACUGUGGACUAUGCUAAACAAGAGAGUAUCCUCAUCAUUGUUGAGGUGUUCCCAGAAGAUGAGGGAGAAUACACCUGUAUUGCUGUUAAUGACUUUGGGGAAUCCAUUACAACUUGCAAGGUCACUGUCAUCUCUGGCCCAGAGGAAGAGAUUUCAUCUGAUGAGCGACACAGGGAGACAAUUGAGAUCGACCUUACACGUGAAAUCACAUCUGAUGAAGAGACUCGUGUCAAACAAGUCCAGGUUGUACAUGAAACACCACAACCUGAAACUGUUGAGAUUCAAAUAGGAUUCCCACAGCCAAAGACCACAACGACCACCACAACCACAACGACCAUCACGCAGGAAACAUCUACUGUGAUUCAAGCAGAAGAGGAGAUGGAAGAACCAGUAACGGAGACUGAUGGUGUUCACACAACCAAGGUCACCAUGAAGAAGAGCGAACAACCAGCACCAUUUGAACUCAAGAUUCAACUCCCAGCACAGGCUGACACUGAAGAAUUGCUCUCACACACCACAGAGGCAACACGUACAGUUACAUCUGAGCUGAGAUCAGUCCCUGUUGCGGAACAAGGUCCACAAGAGAUUCAUACUGAGACCAUUGAGAUCGUCCAGGAUGAGAAACCACAGCCUCAAGAGAUCCGAUUUCAGAUCCCAACAACAACUGAGGUGACAGAGGUUUCUCAGAUGAUGGAUGCAAAGCCAGCGGCACAAAGAAUUGAAGUUGAGAUCCAGGAAACUGUCCUCACAAGAGAACCAAAGCCUCAGGAGAUUGAGGUCGAAGUUGGUAAAGUUAGCAGAGCAGACUUUAAUGUUGAGGCACCAAGACCAACUGAACAGCAAGUUGUGGAACACAGAGCAACUAUCACCAAAUCACAGGUGUUUGAGGAGACAGUUGAAAUCUCUUCAUCUCAGGUUGAGGAGGUCACACAUGAAGUAGUUAUCCAACCAGAAGUUGUCCCACAGGAAGAACCAGCUGUUGCAGCUAAGGCUCCAGAAGAAAGUGUAAUAGUGACUGAGAGGGAAACUAUUCAAGUCGUUACUCAGGAAAAACUUGUCCCUGAGGAAAUUGAAAGGGAGACAAUUGAAAUUACAACUUCACCAACAAGAGAAACACAGGUUACUAUAGAUGUUGAAGUACCCAAGGAAGAGGUUACCUUUGAAAUUCCUAUGGCUCCCAUGGAGAUUGUGGAGUCAGAGGAGACUGAAGUGAAAGAAAUUGUAACAGAUGUUGUUGACACCGCUGAGGAGACAAUAAAGGAGGAACUUGUAGUUGAUAUCAAAGGACAACCUAUGGAAGAAGUUGCCUUCACUCUUCAAGUGGCACCAGAUCAGAUUCCAGUAGAGAGAGAAGAAAUUGAAAUUCCUCUUUCAACAGAAGUAGAGGAGACAGUAUUCACGUCUGAGGUUGAAGUUGAGAAGCAAGAAAUAAUAGAAACAGAGGAGACCCAUGUACAGGAAUUGUCUUUUGAGAUAAAGGGCAAAGAGGAAGCACCUGAGGAGGUUCAGUUCACAUUCAAGGUCGAGGAGGAACAACCUGUAGCAGUUGAGGUUCAGGGUCCAGAGGAAAUAGCCGUACCAUCUGAGGAAGUGUCAAUGGUGGUUGAAGAAGAGAUAGUGAGAGAAGAAGAGGUGGAACAGGUCAUUGAGACAGCUGAAGUUGAUGAAGUUGAGGGUCUGCCUGAGGGUCAGGCACCAGAGUUCACAUGGGGAUUGAUGUCUCUCAAAGUUAUGGAUGGAGAGGAGGUGAAGUUCCGAUGUGAAGUUGUUGGAAGCCCCAUGCCUGAGAUCUCAUGGUUCCAUGAUGAUGCACCAAUCACAGAAAACCAGGACUUUAAACUGACCUAUGAUAUGGAGUCUGGAGCAUGCACUCUUCUCAUUGUUGAAGUUUUCCCACAAGAUGCUGGAGAAUACAAGUGUGUUGCAGUAAAUCAAUUUGGAAAAGCUGUCACCAGAGCGACUCUUGAAGUUGAAUCUUAUGAAUAUGUACCUGACACAGAAGAAGCAUCUGACUCUAUGAUGUCCUCUCUCGAACCGUCAUCACCCAAACCAACACCAGCAGACUCUGACACUGAAGCAGUUGCACACUCCCGUGGUUUUGUUGAGGAGAUCCAGCGUCUUCAGGAACAAAUUGCAUCUGAGUUGACUGAAGAAAAGGAUGAAGAAGAAGCUCCAAAGCAAGAGGAAGUGCUUGCUGUGGAAGUUGUUGAGGAGGCAGAGGAACCAGUUGAAGAACAUGUUGCUGUCAUCCAUCCAGCCACACCAAUGACGGUGGCUGAAACUGAGCAAGGUCUUGAGGAGGCUGAAGCAGUGGCUGAGGAACCCGAGUUCCAAGCUGAUACAGUUACAGAGACUGAAAUACAGGAAGUUGUGUCUGAGGUAUCAGAAGUUACGGCUAAGGAAGUUGAUACAGCUGACACACCAGUGGAGUUAGCUAAAGUUGCUGCUGUUGAGCCAACACCUUACAAAACCGAAGUAGUUCAAGAAGUGUCUGACAUACCCACUGUCUCUGAUGUUGCUGAAGAGCUAAUGGAUGAAGCAGUGGGAUCAUCUGUAGAUGUUGAAUUAGCUCAGCCAGCUGCUGAAACUCCUGCUCAGUAUAAAACAGAAAUGGUGAUGGAAGAAGUGGAGAAGCCUACCAUUGAUGAAGUUGAUGCAGAAUCAACAGAUAAAAUUCAACCGUCUGAAAUUACAACUGAACUUGUGGAAUCAGAAAUGGAAGAAAUCUCAACAUACAAAACUGACAUGGUUGUUGAGAUGACAGAGGAAAUAGAAGUUUCUGAGGUUACUGAACAGGAAGCUGACGAGGGCAUCACUGAAGAUGUUCCCACAGAUCUGUCUCAGACUGCAGCAGAAGAGCCUGCUGUGUACAAAACUGACAUUGUCCUUGAAGUUGGUGAACCACAGGAUGUUACAGUUGUUGACGAGGAACAAACAGAUGAAGCAAUUACUGAAGAAAUUGUGCAUGAUCUUGCUGAAACUGAAGCUGCAGAAGUAACUGAAUACAAGACUGAAAUUCUUGAAGAAGUAACUGAACAGCCAGAGCUCGCUGAAGUUUCUGAAGAGUUCACUGAAGAGGCUGAGCCAUCUGAAAUCACUGUUGAACUUGGUGAAACAGCUGUAGAAGAACCUUCCCAGUACAAAGCUGACGUCGUUGCUGAGGUUACUGAAGCAGCUUUGACAGAAGAUAUUGUGGAAGAAACUACUGAUGAAGCAUCAACUGCAGAAAUAACAGUAGAUUUGGCUGAUUCAUCUGCUGACAAGCCAAAAGAAUAUCAAACUGACAUUGUGGAAGAAGUGACUGAAACUACUGAGAUCACAGAAGUUGAAGAAGAGAUCACAGAACAUGUUGAAACUGAUGAAAUAUUAAUGGAACUGUCCGAAACUACUGCUGAAAAACCUACUGAAUAUCAAAUUGGAAUUACUGAAGAAGUAACAGAACAACCAGAAACCACAGAUGUCCGAGAGAAAAGCCCAGAGGAAGCACAACAGGAAGAGAUAACUGUUGAACUUGCUGAAUCUGUUGCUGAUAAGCCCUCAGAAUAUGAAACUGACAUUGUUGAGGAAACAGUUGAAGUUGCAGAUGUGUCAGAGGUAACAGAAGAGGUAUCUGAGGAGGCAGUAACUAUUGAUAUCCCAACAGAGCUUACAGAGUCUGUAGCUGACCUGCCAGAAGAGUAUAAAACAGGUAUUGUUGAGGAGACCAUUGAACAACAGGAAAUAACAGAUGUUCAGGAGACAGUCGCUGAGGAGGCUGGGACUGAAGACAUUACGGUGGAACUCUCUGAAACUGUCACCGAAAUAGAAGCAGAAUAUGAAACAACUAUUGUUGAAGAGGUGACUGAAGUGUCUGAAAUCACUGAUGUUGAAGAAAAACCAACAGACGAGGCUCAAACUGAGGAAAUUGUCAUGGAAUUGGCAGAAACAGUUGCUGAGAAGCCAGCAGAAUAUGAAACAACUGUUGUUGAAGAGGUGACUGAAGUGUCUGAAAUCACUGAUGUUGAAGAAAAACCAACAGACGAGGCUCAAACUGAGGAAAUUGUCAUGGAAUUGGCGGAAACAGUUGCUGAGAAGCCAGCAGAAUAUGAAACAACUGUUGUUGAAGAGGUGACUGAAGUGUCUGAAAUCACUGAUGUUGAAGAAAACCAACAGACGAGGCUCAAACCAGUUGCUGAGAAGCCAGCAGAAUAUGAAACAACUGUUGUUGAAGAGGUGACUGAAGUGUCUGAAAUCACUGAUGUUGAAGAAAAACCAACAGACGAGGCUCAAACUGAGGAAAUUGUCAUGGAAUUAGCUGAAACAGUUGCUGAGAAGCCAGCAGAAUAUGAAACAACUGUUGUUGAAGAGGUGACUGAAGUGUCUGAAAUCACUGAUGUUGAAGAAAAACCAACAGACGAGGCUCAAACUGAGGAAAUUGUCAUGGAAUUGGCAGAAACAGUUGCUGAGAAGCCAGCAGAAUAUGAAACAACUGUUGUUGAAGAGGUGACUGAAGUGUCUGAAAUCACUGAUGUUGAAGAAAAACCAUCAGACGAGGCUCAAACUGAGGAAAUUGUCAUGGAAUUGGCGGAAACAGUUGCUGAGAAACCAGCAGAAUAUGAAACAACCGUUGUUGAAGAGGUGACUGAAGUGUCUGAAAUCACUGAUGUUGAAGAAAAACCAACAGACGAGGCUCAAACUGAGGAAAUUGUCAUGGAAUUGGCGGAAACAGUUGCUGAGAAACCAGCAGAAUAUGAAACAACUGUUGUUGAAGAGGUGACUGAAGUGUCUGAAAUCACUGAUGUUGAAGAAAAACCAACAGACGAGGCUCAAACUGAGGAAAUUGUCAUGGAAUUGGCGGAAACAGUUGCUGAGAAACCAGCAGAAUAUGAAACAACUGUUGUUGAAGAGGUGACUGAAGUGUCUGAAAUCACUGAUGUUGAAGAAAAACCAACAGACGAGGCUCAAACUGAGGAAAUUGUCAUGGAAUUGGCGGAAACAGUUGCUGAGAAGCCAGCAGAAUAUGAAACAACUGUUGUUGAAGAGGUGACUGAAGUGUCUGAAAUCACUGAUGUUGAAGAAAAACCAUCAGACGAGGCUCAAACUGAGGAAAUUGUCAUGGAAUUGGCGGAAACAGUUGCUGAGAAACCAGCAGAAUAUGAAACAACUGUUGUUGAAGAGGUGACUGAAGUGUCUGAAAUCACUGAUGUUGAAGAAAAACCAUCAGACGAGGCUCAAACUGAGGAAAUUGUCAUGGAAUUAGCUGAAACAGUUGCUGAGAAGCCAGCAGAAUAUGAAACAACUGUUGUUGAAGAGGUGACUGAAGUGUCUGAAAUCACGGAUGUUGAAGAAAAACCAACAGACGAGGCUCAAACUGAGGAAAUUGUCAUGGAAUUGGCGGAAACAGUUGCUGAGAAGCCAGCAGAAUAUGAAACAACUGUUGUUGAAGAGGUGACUGAAGUGUCUGAAAUCACUGAUGUUGAAGAAAAACCAACAGACGAGGCUCAAACUGAGGAAAUUGUCAUGGAAUUGGCAGAAACAGUUGCUGAGAAACCAGCAGAAUAUGAAACAACUGUUGUUGAAGAGGUGACUGAAGUGUCUGAAAUCACUGAUGUUGAAGAAAAACCAACAGACGAGGCUCAAACUGAGGAAAUUGUCAUGGAAUUGGCUGAAACAGUUGCUGAGAAACCAGCAGAAUAUGAAACAACUGUUGUUGAAGAGGUGACUGAAGUGUCUGAAAUCACUGAUGUUGAAGAAAAACCAACAGACGAAGCUGAAACUGAGGAAAUUGUCAUGGAAUUGGCGGAAACAGUUGCUGAGAAACCAGCAGAAUAUGAAACAUCUGUGAUUGAAGAAGUCACUGAAGCUCCUGAGGUUACUGAAGUUGAGGAAAAACCAAUAGAUGAGGCUCAAACUGAAGAAAUCACAACAGAACUUGCUGAAACCAUUGCAGAGAAGCCUGCAGAAUUCAAAACAGCUGUUGUUGAAGAAACAACUGAACAGCCUCAGGUUACUGAUGUAACAGAGGAGGUUCCAGAACAAGCUGAAAGCACUGAAAUCACUGCUGAACUAGCUGAAACUGUGUCUGAAAAACCAGAAGAAUACAAGGUUGACAUUGCAGAUGAAGAAAAGGUUGAGGAAACUGUGACAGAAACUGUUGAAGUUGAUACUACUGUAGUGAAGGAGGAAAUUGAGACCUUUGCUACAGAGAUGGUCCAGCAAAUUAUUGCUGAGGUUAAAGAGGCUGAGAAACCACAAGAAGAACAGCCUGAAGAAGCCCCUGAAGAAGCCCCUGAAGAAGUUCCUGAAGAAGUUCCUGAAGAAGAUGUUGUGGACUCAUUUGUCACAGAACUCACCCAAGAGAUUAUCAGUGAAGCUGAAACAACUGCUGUGUCCACCAUUACCAUUGAGGCCAAGGAACCAGCUCCUGAAGAACCAACAGCUGAGGAACCAACUGAAGCACCAACAUUCAUCAAGACGCUGACUGAUAUAACAGUUAUGGAAGCUUCCAUCCUCACCCUGGAGGUGGUUGUUAAGGGAAUGCCUUUGCCUACACUCCAGUGGUUUGUGGAUGAUAUUGAGCUCACCCCAUCAGAAGACAUCCAAAUAACAACAGUUAAUAACCAAUCAACUGUAGUCAUCACUGAUGUCCUGCCUGAUGAUGAAGGGGAAUACAGAGUUGAAGCUGUCAACUCUGUUGGUCGUUGCACCUCCGUUGCAUACAUCACUGUGCUCCCAUCCAGUGUCCCUUCAUCAGAUGCUCCUGAGUCUCCCAGUGAAGAUGUCAGUGUUUCUGAAAUGUACAAGGAGGAGGUGACAGUUGAGCAGAAGGUGCAGGAAAUUGUUGAGAUGGAGGUGAAGGAUGAUCAAACAUUCUCAACUGAGAUUCAAAUUCAGCCCAAGACUCAGCCAGAGGAAAUUGAGGAGGAGACAACAAAAGUUUCUGAAGUGACCUUUAAACAGACAGUUGAGAUUCAACAAGAGGAGACAGUUGAGGAAGAACAACCAGAAGUGACCGAAGAAAGAUUCAUUGAAGAAGUCACAUUAGCUCCUAAACCUCAACCAGAGGACAUUGAAGUUCAGACAACUGAAGUAGUCUCAGAAGUGACUUUCAAACAGACUGUUGAAGUUGACCAAGAAACAGUGGAUGAAGAGGAGAGAUUCACUGAAGAGAUCACCUUAGCUCCUAAACCUCAACCAGAAGAGAUUGAAGUUGAAACAACUGAAGUAGUCUCGGAAGUGACCUUCAAACAGACAGUUGAUGUUGACCAAGAAACAGUGGAGGAAGAAGAGAGAUUCACUGAAGAGGUCACCAUUGCUCCGAAACCAACUGAUGUCCAGGUUGAGGUCGAUUCUACUGAGGUUACAACUCUUGAAAUCCUCAAGGAAGAUGUUGAUACUUUCAGAGAAGAGAUCACAGUUGAAAGUCAACCCGAAAUUGAGGUUGAAAUGUUAUCAUCCAAGGAGGAAACAGAAGAGGUUGUGAAAGAAACUGUGGAAUUUCAACAGGAGUUUGAAGCUGUGCCGCCUUCUGUAGAAGAAGUUGAGGAAGUACGAGAAACAACUACUAUCAAAAUGAUAACAUCUCAGGCAGUGGAACAAGUUCAAAGAGAUGUUGAAGAACAGUCAGAAGAAAUUCCUGAGACAGUUGAAACUGAACGACCAAUAUCCGAGCAAACAAUUGAAAUUAGAGAAACAAUAGAUGUUCAACAGGGAACUGAAUCUAUUGUCACUGAGGAAACUUUUGAGGAGACAACUGAAAUCACAACAGAAGGCUUUGUAACUGAGAUUGAGAAACCUGGUGAGGAGAUCAUUGAGGAACUUCGAGAAUCCAUCCAAGUAGAAGAAGAGAAACCAUCAGUGGUUGGAGAGAAAAUUAAGGUCAUUGAGGAGAGUGUGGAGGAAAUUGUAGAGAAGGAAACUGAAAAGCCAGAUGAGGAAAUAACCGAGGAAUUAAGGGAAAGACUGACAGUUGAGGAGCAAACACCUUCUGUUGUAGUUGAGGCCAAAGAGGUCACAGAAACUCCAACAGAAGAAGAUAUUGUUGAAAUGCAGGUUGAAGCUCCUGCUCAGGAAAUAACAGAAGAACUUCGAGAAAUCAUCAAGAUUGAGGAGGAAAUGCCAACUGAAUCAAAGGAAGAACAGGUGAUUUUGGAAACUGCCCCCACUGAGGACAUUGUUGCUGAAGUACAAGUUGAAGCACCAGUUCCUGAAACAACUGAGGAAAUACGUGAAACUAUUGAAGUUGAGGAACAGAAGGAGAUGGAAACAAAGGAAACUGUUGAGGUUGUUACUGAGGCACCAAUAGAGGAAAUCACAACUGAAGUUAAUGUUGAAACAACAACUGAAGAGAUCACUGAAGUUGUGCGAGAAGUUGUGGAGAUCAAGGAAGAGUUGCCAUCUGAGGUCACAGAGGCUGAGGAAUUAAUUGAACAAGCUCCAGUUGAAGAGAUCUCUACUGAACUGCAGAUUGAAGCUCCCAAAGAGGAAGUCACUGAGGAAAUCCGUGAAACAAUUGUGGUCGAGGAGGAACAGCCUGCAACAGCAAAGGAAGCCCUUGAGAUAUCAGAAAUACCUACAGAAGAAACGAUUGCUGAAGUGCAAAUUGAGGCCCCUGUUGCUGAAACUACUGAAGAAAUCAGACAAACCAUUGUUGUUGAGGAAGUUCAGGCAACUGAAACUAGAGAAGAGGAAGAAACUACUGAGGUGCCAACUGAGGAAACUAUCGUAGAGUUUGAUAUCAAGGCUCCUGUGGAAGAAACAACAGAAGAGGUGCAGGAAACUGUUGUUGUUGAGGAGACUCAGACGACUGAAACCAAAGAGGAAGAAGAAAUUACUGAAGUUCCAACUGAGGAAACUAUUGUAGAAAUUGAGAUUAAGGCUCCUGUAGAAGAAACAACAGAAGUGGUGCAGGAAACUGUUGUUGUUGAGGAGACUCAGACAACUGAAACCAAAGAGGAAGAAGAAAUUACUGAAGUUCCAACUGAGGAAACUAUUGUAGAAAUUGAGAUUAAGGCUCCUGUAGAAGAAACAACAGAAGUGGUGCAGGAAACUGUUGUUGUUGAGGAGACUCAGACAACUGAAACCAAAGAGGAAGAAGAAAUUACUGAAGUUCCAACUGAGGAAACUAUUGUAGAAAUUGAGAUCAAGGCUCCUGUGGAAGAAACAACACAAGAGACUCAGACAACUGAAACCAAAGAGGAAGAAGAAAUUACUGAAGUUCCAACUGAGGAAACUAUUGUAGAAAUUGAGAUCAAGGCUCCUGUGGAAGAAACAACAGAAGUGGUGCAGGAAACUGUUGUUGUUGAGGAGACUCAGACAACUGAAACCAAAGAGGAAGAAGAAAUUACUGAAGUUCCAACUGAGGAAACUAUUGUAGAAAUUGAGAUUAAGGCUCCUGUAGAAGAAACAACAGAAGUGGUGCAGGAAACUGUUGUUGUUGAGGAGACUCAGACAACUGAAACCAAAGAGGAAGAAGAAAUUACUGAAGUUCCAACUGAGGAAACUAUUGCAGAAAUUGAGAUCAAGGCUCCUGUGGAAGAAACAACACAAGAGGUGCAGGAAACUGUGGUCGUUGAGGAACAAAUCCCUGCUGAAGCUAAGGAAGAAGUGGAAGUUACUGAGGUUCCAACUGAGGAAUCUAUUGUCGAAAUUGAGAUCAAGGCCCCUGUUGAAGAAACCACUGAAGAAGUGCAAGAAUCUGUUGUUGAGGAAGAACAAAUCCCAGCUGAAACUAUGGAAGAAGAGGAAAUAACGGUAUCUGAAAAAGAGGAAUUCACUACAGAAAUCAAGUUUGAAACUUCAACAGAGGAGGUCAUUGAAGUUGUGAGUGAAACCGUGGAAAUCCAGAAAGAACUUCCUGCAGAGGCUGAGGAAGAAAUGCAGAUAGUUGAAAUUCCAGAGGAAGAGGUUAUUCCGGAAGUUGAAACUGAAGCACCUAAAAAAGAUGUCACAGAGGAGACAAGAGAGACAAUAACUCUUGAGGUGGAGAAACCCACAGAGACCAAGGAAUCUGUUGAAGUUAUUGAAGAUGUUCCUGUCACAGACAUCACAACUGAACUCGAUGUGCAAACAACAACAGAGGAAAUCACAGAAAUAGUGGAAGAAACAGUGGCUAUUAAGCAGGUUGAACCUUCCACAGUCCCUGAAGUGGAAGAAACUGAGGAAGUCCCAGUGGAAGAAGUCAUAACUGAAGUAGAAGUUCAAGCACCUGUUGAGGAAACCACAGAGGAAAUAAAAGAAACAAUUACAAUUGAAGAAACAAAGCCUUCUGAAGUGGAACAGGCUGUUGAAAUUGUUGAAGAGGUACCAGUUGAGGAUGUCACUGAGGUCACAGUUGAACAAACUAUAGAGGAGGUCACUAAAACUGCCACUGAGGUCAUUCAGGUGGAUGUGGAACAACCCUCUGAAGCCAAAGAGGCAGAGGAAGUGAUUGAAACACCACAUGAGGAGGUAAUCAUGGAAGUUCAACCAGAGGUAACUGUUGAAGAAACAACAGAGACUGUCAAAGAAACUAUUGAAUUACAGAUUGAGAAACCCUCUGAAGUAACAGAAGCUGAGGAAAUUAUUGAAAUCCCAUCUGAGGAGACUAUUUCUGAGGUGGAAGUCUCAGUUCCAGUUGAGGAAACUGUGGAUGAGGUUACAGAGACAGUUCUUGUGCAAGAAGAAAAACCAUCUGAGAUUAAAGAAUCAGAGGAAGUCAUUGAACUUACCUCAACUGAAGAGGUAUCUGAAGAGGUUGAGAUACAAAUUCCAUCUGAAGCGGUCCAGGACAUCCAGGAGAUAGUCACUGUGGAGGAGACAAAGCCUUCAGAAGCAGAGGAAACCAUUGAAAUAACUGAGGAGGCACCAACUGAGGAGAUCACAACUGAGGUAGAACUUGAAACAACCACAGAGGAGACUACUGAAAUUAUACAAGAGAUUGUAGAGGUAAAAGAUGUGGUACCAGCUGAAGCAGAGCAGUUGGAGGAAACAGUUGAUGUUCCUGUAGAGGAAAUCACUGAGGUUGAAAUCCAGGCUCCCAGUGUUGAAACAACAGAGGAAACGAAGGAAACUAUCAUUGUUGAGGAGACAAAGCCUUCAGAAGCAGAGGAAACCAUUGAAAUAACUGAGGAGACACCAGCUGAGGAGAUCACAACUGAGGUAGAACUUGAAACAACCACAGAGGAGACUACUGAAAUUAUACAAGAGAUUGUAGAGGUAAAAGAUGUGGUACCAGCUGAAGCAGAGCAGUUGGAGGAAACAGUUGAUGUUCCUGUAGAGGAAAUCACAGAGGUUGAAAUCCAGGCUCCCAGUGUUGAAACAACAGAGGAAACGAAGGAAACUAUCAUUGUUGAGGAGACAAAGCCUUCAGAAGCAGAAGAAACCAUUGAAAUAACUGAGGAGGCACCAGCUGAGGAGAUCACAACUGAUAUGGAACUUGAAACAACCACAGAGGAGACAACUGAAAUUAUACAAGAGAUUGUAGAGGUAAAAGAUGUGGUACCAGCUGAAGCAGAGCAGUUGGAGGAAACAGUUGAUGUUCCUGUAGAGGAAAUCACAGAGGUUGAAAUCCAGGCUCCCAGUGUUGAAACAACAGAGGAAACGAAGGAAACUAUCAUUGUUGAGGAGACAAAGCCUUCAGAAGCAGAGGAAACCAUUGAAAUAACUGAGGAGGCACCAGCUGAGGAGAUCACAACUGAGAUGGAACUUGAAACAACCACAGAGGAGACAACUGAAAUUAUACAAGAGAUUGUAGAGGUAAAAGAUGUGGUACCAGCUGAAGCAGAGCAGUUGGAGGAAACAGUUGAUGUUCCUGUAGAGGAAAUCACUGAGGUUGAAAUCCAGGCUCCCAGUGUUGAAACAACUGAGGAAACGAAGGAAACUAUCAUUGUUGAGGAGACAAAGCCCACAGAAGUUCCCGAAGCUGAAGAAGUUGUUGUUGAAGCACCAGUUGAGGAAAUCACAACAGAAGCUGAGUUUGAAAUUGUGAAAGAAGAAGUAACUCAGGUUGUUGAGGAAGUUGUAUCUGUAGAAGAAGAAAAACCUUCUGAAAUAACAGAGACUGAGGAAGUUGUUGACUCUGCUCCCCUUGAGGAGGUUGUUACUGAGAUAGAGGUUCAAGCACCCGAAGAAGAAACAGUGGAAGAAGAAAAGGAAACCAUUACUAUUAAAGAAGAGAUUCCAACUCAAAUCGAAACCAAAUUGGAAGCUCCUGAAGAACAAGCUGAAACAAUAACUGUAGAAGUUGAAGAAACGCAAGCAAUAGAAAAAGUGGAGGAAGAAGAGAUUGUGGAGGAAGUCACUGUUGACUUUGAAGUUAAACAGGAAGAAAUCACUGCCCAAACAGAAGUACCAGAAGAGAAGAAGCCUGAAGAGGCCCCAGAAGCACCCCGUUUCACACAGACCCUCCAGACGACGCUGGACGUCUUCCUGGGCAAAACGGUCACCGUGGAGUGUGUGGUCACUGGCCGGCCGCAACCCACUAUCACGUGGUACAAGGAUCGAACCACUGUUAUCACCAGAAGUGAACGUUUCUUGACCACGUAUGAGAAUGGUCGGUGUACUCUUACCAUCCAAUCCAUCACGAUGGACGAAGAUGCAGAGUUUACUUGUGAAGCCACCAAUGAGGCUGGCACGGCCACCACCCGGAUUGAAUUUUUCGUGGAAAAACCACUCAGUGUCGCGGAGAGUGAACCUGAGGCAGUUGAGGUAGAGGUGACGCAGCCCUUAGAGGAAGCCGAACCUGAACCUCAGGUGUUGGAGAAACCAUCGGCCGUGACAGCGGCACUAGGUUGGCACCCCACCAAUGUUGAAGAUGAUGCAAGCAUGCAGCAAUUUCUGCUUGCUAUAAUUCUUGUAAUGAUAUUGCUCAGGGUCCUUGCUUGGCUGCUUGAUUUUGGUUCCUGCAUCUGGACAUGUAUUUUUACAGUCAUUUGGCCCACUUAGUUCAUUAUAUUGGAGGUGUCUUUUUUAACAAAAAUAUUUUUCUCAUGUAGACUCAUUCACAAAAUCUACAAUUUUAAUUUCUCUCUAUAUUUUUUCUAACCUUUGACCUGUCCUUUUUUGGACGUCUUGUUAUGGAACUAAUGCUGGCAUUGCACCAUGUACUUUAUAGCCGUUUAACUGAUUCAGUUUGAAAAGGAUGUUUGUGAAAGAUAAUUGGCUGGAUCAUUAUCUUUAAAAAUAUUUGAUUUUUAUGAACUGAUUUUCAUGAUUGGGAAGUUAAUUUUCAUUGGCACCUCCAAAUGCUAGAUGCGGAAUCAGUCUUGGGCUAAAUCGAUGUUUGGUAACCUAGGACUUUGUUUGAGGAAACUUUGUCAUAGAAUGGAAUCAUUGCAUGAUCAUGUGUUCAAAACCCAGAUUGUAGCCAAAAUUUUGUUUUAACAAUUAAUAUAUUCAUUUUGUAGUGUAAAUUAGGAUUCUUAUCACAGCAGAUAUAAUGUUUAAUUGAACAUUCUUAACAUCAUUUCCGGAUCAAAUGUUCAAGUAAAACUACGACCCUCAAUUCCCUGACUAUUUAUGUCUGCUGUUAUAACAAUCAAUAUUUUUCAUCCCAAUCUUAUGGCAGGUGAACUGUUAGAAAACCAAAGAUUAUUCUAGUUUUUUACGUCUUUCAAAGUACUUUGUACAAUUUUGCACAAAAAGGGAAGAAAACCCACAAAAAUAUCAAAUCUGUAUUUUUGUAAGAGUGUGUGACUUCGUACUUCUGUAUAUGGGCAAAUCAGAGAAAUAAAUAUUAUGAAACAAA